UUUACCUUCAUGUUCUAUUUUCCUCAAUGACUUUUGCAUUUUCUUCUAUAUAUAUGAAUCACGACAAAGUUCUCAAUUUGUGAGGAUUACUUUACUUUCAUCAUUUACCAGCAAAACAUGUUCUAGAAUCCUGCUGCCUGCUGAACAUCAGAGCGUGGGAGUUGGAUUUGAUCGAGAACGGCUUACGUCUUCCUGUGCAAAAAUUUCCCGCUUUAAUUUGUAGUUUGGCAUCGUUUCUACCUAUCUUCUUACGGAACAACGUUUCAGCUUAGAGGUGCUUUAAGGUAAAUAGAGUGCCUAAUCAUGGCAUACCUGGACAAGCAAAUAAGGGUGCUGCCCUAUGGUAUUCUUAACAAAUUAGCAGAACAGCUUGACAUGGUGGGACCUCGAAACUGGAAAGCUCUUAUAGUUGCUAUGCCAAGUAAUGCUUAUAAACCUGAAGAGGUGGCAAUGUUUGAGAGGCAGCAAGCAAGAAUGGAUGGCAGUCCAGCAAUGUCUUUGUUAAAUGACUUGGGCCAAAGAUGUAAAACUGUUAAACAGCUUGUUUCUUGGCUGAAAAAAAUUGGGAAUGAUAAAGCCCUGGACAUCUUGGAAUACCAUGAGGAGGUGCAGAUUACUGAACAGCCAAAGUCCCAGCCAGUGCGUGCUGGUGCAAGUGUAACCCUGAGGUGCAAGGCCACAGGAUAUCCAUGCCCAGUGUAUCAAUGGGUCAAGGAUGGAAUGGAGUUGCCUGAUGGCAAUGAUGAGGAGCUUACUUUAGAUCACGUAAAACUGGAGGAUAGUGGCAAAUACAACUGCAUUGUGUCAAAUCAACUGAAUGCAGAGAAAAGCAACACUGUGGAGUUACAAGUUCUUCCAUCUCCUGUGAAUGGUUUCACAAAGCAAGAAACAACUCCUCAAGCUAAAAAUCCACCUGUCAUCACACAGCAUCCACAAUCGUGCAUUUUACCUGAUGGUCACCCAUUUAGCAUUGGCAUUGAAGUCUUGGAAUCACCAGUGAAAUGCCAGUGGUAUAAAGAUGGCUUUGUGCUUGUGGGAGAGACAAGACCAGACUUGAAUUUCCAGCCAUUUCAUUAUAGAAAUGAAGGCCACUAUUGCUGUAGGGUUGAGAACAGUGCUGGUGAUGCACUUAGUAAUGUCGCAGUAUUACAGGCUGCUGUGGUUCCUAUUGGAUAUGAUCCUUUGUUAGAUCAGGCAGUUAUUUCAAGAUCAGCUCAACUCACACAAAGAGCUACUGACAAAAUUGCCCUGGUCAUUGGAAACCGUGACUAUGUUCGCUUACCAUGCAAUGAAAGCCCCUUAGUUCACACUUGCAACGAUGCAAAAAUGCUUGCCUCAAUGUUGCGCAAGCCUGAAAUGGGCUUCAAAGUCAUCUCUCUCAUGAACCUCACGACAGAUGAGAUGUGUCAAGCACUUGGCAUCUUUUACAGCCUCCUUGGUAAGGAAGUGUAUGGUUUGGUGUAUUUUGCGGGGCAUGGUUUUGAGGAAGGUGGACAAAACUACCUUGUCCCUGUUGAUGCAGAGGGAGAAUGGGUGCCAGAGAAGGCAGUGUGUGCUCAAAAAGUUCUGGAUGAAAUGAACAGAUGUCAUACAGAAUUGAUUGUGUUCCUGUUGGAUAUCUGUCGCAAAAGGUCAAAUGUUGAGACAAGUUUUGCAUUUAAGAGCUAUGAAUUUCCAUAUAAUGCACAGGCAGUUCUAGGGUUUGCCACAUGCCCUCAGUCUGAAGCUUAUGAAAGAAGACAAGACCCCAACGGAAUGUACAUGAAACACCUGCUGAAGCAUGUCAUGAAUGACACCAAAGUUGAGGAUGUGUUGCAUCAAGUCGCAGGAGAUGUUGAAGCAGAGGUUAAUGCAAAUCAGUGGGUUGAGAGGCAACGUCCACAGUACCACACUACCACAACCAAAAGUUACAGUUUACGUGAUCCCAUUGUCCCAGAUGCAUCGUCUGAUGAGAGACGAAGGGCAUGGCUUGAUAUUCAUAAACUCCCUCAGAAGCGAGUGGUUAAGUGUGAAUCUGACAUCAAGAUAGAGAUCAGGUUUGAACACCAAAACUGGCUUUCGAAUGCUAUCAGGUUGUGUCUGAGGGUCAUUGACCUGGGAGAAGCAACGUUCUGUGAUGCCAGCUUAAUGUUGGAAACUUUGCCUCAGGAUGUUCAGAGCUUUUUCUUCCAUCCAACCACUACUAAUGUACUGAGACAGGUUGUACAGCAUACUGGGGUAGUGCCACGCAGCUUGCCACCACAGCAUAAUGGACCUACCCAAAGUCCUGUGGAGAAGAUCAGUGAGAUCUACAACAUUCAAAGACUCAAGAGUCCACUUGCAUUGACUAUAACUAUCAAGUAUGUUCUGAAAGGAGCCCACGAAGAACGAACCAAACACACUGUGGUGGUUUUUAAGCACAAAGAAUUUGGAAUUGCUACAGCGUUCCUUAAUGAAAAGGAGUGAACUCUGGUGAAUGUUACACAGAUGACCAUUGCUUGUAUAUACUUUUAAGAUAGCAAAUAUGUAGACUAAAUUGAAAGGAUAAUUAUUAUUAUAAUAAUAAUAAAAUAAUAAUUAUUAUUAUAAAGCAUUAUUAAUCUUGUCUAAGUGAUGUAAGAAAAUCAAUUUUGGGCUUGCCUUCCAGAGAAGCUGUAACUUUUUAUACUAGCCCAAAAUUUAUUCUCACUAGCCCCUCAAGCAGUUUAAUGUUGUCAAAAAAUUUUCCCAAGGGAAAAAAAUGGCUGUUUGCAGGUUAGCUCUUCAGGCAAAUGACAGACAGUAUCUACUAGCCCUGGACUCUCAAACAGAACUAUAUUACGUUGCAUACUGAACCUAAGUAAGGAGAGCUUUGGAAGGAAUGGUCAAGGUCAACGUUCAAUUAUUCUGUGAGAUUGGUUCAAGAGGUCACAAGCUAGAUUGUUUGUAGCCAAUGGCGUUUGUGGUCUUAUGAGUAGUUAGUUACAUGUACUAGUAUGUCAAAACCACUUGGGUGUUAUAUUAUGGUCUUAUGCAAACAGUGCCAUUUAUUUUAUCUAUCCAUGAGUAGGUUUUUUUUAUAAGUUUUGAGCAUCAAUAACAGUUUUUUUUUAUUUAAAUAAUUUGGUGAGUCAUUUUAUUGCCUAUUGCAUGUAAGGAGUAAACAAAAGUCAUUGUCAAAUAGACCUCUUUAGCUUAGGCAGUUUGUUUUCCAUUGCAGACCAUGUGAUAUUCUCUGGAGAAUUGCUUGUUUAUCCAUCUAAAAAUUAUUCCUUCAUAUACAUGCGACUAUAUGAAAAUAAGAAUUCUCAAAGAUAUCUACCCAUGAUCUGAAAUGGGGCAACAAACUGCCCAAGCCAAAAAGGUCUAUUUAAAAGUCAAGUAAAAGUGUCACCUACUGCAUGACAUUUGGUGUGUCAAGGAAGGUUUAUAAUCAUCAGUUCAGUUAAGCUUGUAGUAGUGCUUGUAGAUGAUGUAGUAGUGCUUUUGAAUAAAUGCCUCUUACCAUGAUGCACAUCAUACUAGCCAGUGCAGUUGCCACUCCAUAACAUCUGUGAGUGUUUUACAGCACCUUUUAGAGAUAUGCAAAGUGAAGUUGGCACAAAAACAUGGCAAUAAUUCCUUCCAACAUUCCAUGAGUUCAGUAUUCCAUUCUUUAAAACAACGGUAACUCAAAUCAAUGCAAAACUCUAAGAGUGUUUUCCCAGAAAAUAUCCAUGACUCCCUCCCACACCUAGAUGUGUUUUUGGUUUGAGCCCCAACCUCAUCUACCCUUCCAGAACUUUCCAGCUCUGCGACAAACCUACCUUUAAACUCAUCAACAAACGAUGAGCUUGGGGAAUGGCGCCUGAAAGGAUGGUGGAGCCCGAGAGCAAACUAAACCGAGCACUUAGGGUAGCCAUAACAACCCUGUGAGCGGCAACCACCAGACACCAUCACACUGAAAAAAUAGUGGAAACACAGGAUACUUACCACAUACUUACCCUCAAGCCAAAGGGAGACAGGUGGACUGUGAGAAAAGCUUAACAAGCACUGACCAGCAGCAAAAAAAAGAUGGAAUGAUUUGACAUCCAUAGCCAAGCUGUAAAAUCGAUCCGCCCCUGCACAAAUCCCCUGGCCACCCCAAACUCACUCUGAGGGAGACUGCUGGCCAGGAAUCUUGUUUCACUUUUAACUUGGCCUAAAUUACAUUUAGCCACAUUUACAAAUUGUGGUUUUCACCUUCCAUGGGGAGGGUAUGGAUGUGUUUUGUUGCCUCAGUCAACGUUUAAUGGAUUUAUAGUCUCUGACCUACAUACUCGCACUAGCUGUUUGCCCUGCUCUUAUUAUCAGUGUUGUACAUAUAUUUUACAUACUGUACUUAAGUUUGCCAACUAUGGUUGUGCUAGGCAGUUCCCAUUACAAAACCUGUGAAAAAUUCGGUAAAAGUUAAGAACAGUUCCCAGAAUAUAUUGUUGAGUGUUUGUCAAAAGUUUGUUGGCCAACUGUCGGUUGACUGUCAGCUGUUUGUCGGCCCACUGUUGGUCAACAAAGAGCCAACAUUUGGCUGACAGUUUUCAUUAAAUGUUUCAGAUAACACUGUAAAGUGCUGGUUGACUUCAGUCAAGUUGACUGUGUUUGGCAAAUGUGAGAGGGUGUAAAUAAGGUACAAGGUCAGAUUAUAUGUGUCUAAAGUAAAAAUAGAAUAAAAGUGUGUAUAUUAAAUAUAGAAGAGAUUGUUUGUUUGUCAAUAAAAUUUUGUAGAAAAUUGUCA